AUGCAGAGUCUUCCGUGCUGGAAGUCGUCUACUGCAGGUGCGGCGACUAGUAUUUGCAGUGAAUGCUUUGUGGUUGAGUCUAUUCCUGAGAUGUCAGUGCCGCUGUUGAUUAGACGAGACUGGUUCUUUGCUCUCGCCUCGAUUACUGUUCUGUCGACAAUGCCGUCUGCAACUGUUUCGGCAACAAAUACUUUGUCCAUCGACGAAGUUGCCGGCUACCUGGGUGCUUUGCCGAAAACACAGGUCGACACGGCUGCACCAGGAAAUGGCACGACUGAUACUACUGUUUCUAUUUGUACGCAAAUUGUGAGGCUGGAAUAUUGUUCGGUGGAUCCAAGAUGGCCCUGGCUGUUGGUGUUGUCGGUGUGUUUGCUGUGCUGUGAAUAG